AUGCGCUGAAGGGUGGGGCAGGGAUGCCAGAAGUCUGACAGCGACACUAAGUUCACAAGCUGUCUUCCAUUACUUACCUUCUCCUAAAGCUCUCUUCAAUGGCGACCUGCUGUCACAGUGACUACCGCCUACUUCUCCUUCCUCUACUUUGCGUUCAUGGCUUCUGCUUAUAAUUAGCCAGCAAAAGUGGCACAGCAAGAACAGAGCUUGACUACUUCAAUCUCCGUUUCUGCUACAAUGUCGGGUGGUGGUGGUGGAAGUUUGUCCACCUUCUUCGCUCUCGGCUUCGUGGUUGUGGCCAUGGCGAGCUUCGGUCAGUUCGGGGUGGUCGCAUGGCGGCCGUGGCCACGCCAUUUCGGUAAAAAUGCCACCUUGGCCGCCGCCGGCGUAGCGGCGCCGGCGCUGGGGGAGUCGAAGAAGUACGAGGGGUCGUCGGAGUUCGUCAUGCUCCGGUACCACAUGGGCCCUGUGCUCACCACCAACAUCACCGUCCACCCCAUUUGGUACGGCAGCUGGUUGCCGUCGCAGAAGCACAUCCUCCGCUGCUUCCUCCGCUCCAUCUCCGCCCCCGCCACACCCAGCCCCUCCGUCGCCGCCUGGUGGCGUACUGUCCGCCUCUACACUGACCAGACCGGCGCCAACAUCUCCGCCGCUGUUGUCCUUGGUGCUGAACGCUCAGACCGGCGAUACUCCCACGGCCGCAAGCUCUCCCGCUUGGCGAUCCAGAGCGUGAUCCGCGACGCCGUGGCGGCGCCCCGCCGCCCGCUCCCCGUCAACCCCCGCGGCGGGCUCUACCUUGUCCUCACCUCCGACGACGUUGCCGUGCAGGACUUCUGCCUCACCGUCUGCGGCUUCCACUACUUCACCUUCCCGGCCAUCGUCGGCUACACGCUCCCCUACGCGUGGGUGGGCAACUCCGCCGCCCAGUGCCCGGGGAUCUGCGCCUACCCCUUCGCCGUCCCGCCCUUCGCCGUCGGCCUCCGCACGCCGGAGCGGCCGCCCAACGGCGACGUCGGCGUCGACGGCAUGGUCAGCGUGGUGGCGCACGAGCUGGCGGAGAUGGCAUCCAACCCGCUUGUGAACGCGUGGUACGCCGGCGAGGACCCCUCUUUCCCGACCGAGAUCGCCGACCUCUGCGAGGGCAUCUACGGCACCGGCGGCGGCGGAGCCUAUACGGGGCAGCUACUCGUCGACGCCGGCAGCGGCGCUUCCUACAACGUGAACGGCAUCGGCGGAAGCAAAUUCCUGGUCCAGUGGAUUUGGAACCCGUACUUGAGCUACUGCAGCGGACCCAACGCACUCGAUCAUCAGUAGCGACCGCCAUUUUUGCUUCAAAAAUCACUUUUUUAGAUCGUUUUUUGCUUGUCCGAGUCCUGUCCUUGCUUGUUUAGCGAGUGUGAGGUGAUCUAUUUAGCUAAAUAAGGAGAAAGAAGAGGACAUGGCCGGAGAAGAAGCUGCUCCCAUGGAAGAAGAAGAUGAUGUAUCUUGGCAAAUUUCUGUUUGUACAAAUUGGAUUCCCUUUAAUUGAUCUCUAUUUUGGUCAA